GGUAGUUUUGAACGAGCCGGUAAAUAACUUCUUCGCCUUUGCGACAUUCCCUCCUGUCGGAUCCGAAGUUCCUCGCCGUUCUUCUGUUGAAUCGGAAGGAACGACGACGACGGGAGCUUGCUUGUUGCGAAGGUAGCCAGCUUUACUUCUUUCGCGCGCUUCUUCCUCCAAAUCCCGUAAAUCUGCCGAACGCCCGGAUUUUUAGUAAAUCAGAGAGAAACGGUGGAUUUAACUAGCUGUGAGAUUUAACAGCCCCUGAAAGCUUUAGCUUUUGAUCAGAAGCUCAGGUGGGCUUGAGGGAACCAUGGCUAUUGAAUCAGCCUGCGGCGUUAGCCCUAGUCAGAAGACUUCGCAGGCGAACCAUAGAGUUACAUGGGAGGGCUGCAGCGUUCUUCUAGACAUCAACGACGGUGACCGUCUCGUUUUUGCCCGACUUUCUUCCGCCGCGACUCUUAAAAUCGGGAACAAGAAGUGCUCUUUGAGGCCCUUGAUCGGCUGCCCGUUUGGUUCCUUAUUUAGGGUGGAGAUGGGCGCCAAUGGUUCUCACCUUGCCAGAUGUUAUUCUUCUUGUAUUUUGGCUGAAAAUGCUGCCACUAUGCAGGAUAAAGAUUACUUGCAUCCAAGUAGUGAAAUGAAGGAUAAUCGAUCCUUGUUUGAUAAUAAUACUGCACAAAGUCUUUCUUCUGAAGAUAUUGAUGCAAUGAAAAGGUUGUUUGAUUAUAUAUGUGAAGCAUAUUUCAAGAAAUAUCCUACUCGAAUAGGGUCUCUAAGAUUUGAUGCUUUGUGUCUUCUGCUGUCUAUGGCUAACGUUGGUGCCUAUUCAGAUGUACUUGUUCUUGACAUGGUUGGUGGUUUACUUACUGGUGCUGUAGCAGAACGCCUUGGAGGUACAGGCUAUGUGUGUAGCACACACUUCGGAACUUCUCGCAACCCAAUUGAUAUAGUGCGUAUGUUCAACUUCAGUUCUGAAGUUAACAGCAGAAUUGUUCAGGCUACUUUUACUGAUCUCUGCAUUAUUAGAGAAAAUGACAGUACAUCUUUUCAUCAAGACCUUCUAAAAACUGAGGGCGACAUCAAGAAUACCAAAAGUAUGGACGAAUCUAUUCAGGAAACAAAUGUUUCGUCUGACCGGUCCUGUACUUCACAUGAGAUCUUCAAUGCCGAAACGAGAGGGCAAUCUUCUCCACAAACAGAUUCAAACCCUCCCAUUGAAGAUGAUGAAGGUAUCAGUGUUUCUUCAACUACUGUGAAAUCAAUAUCUCCUGGAAGGCAGGCAUCAUCAGAACUAGUGAAUUCUUGGAAGGAAAGAGGUUUUUCUAGUCUGAUUGUGGCUGCGCCAGAAAUAGAGGUGGGGAGCUUGGUCCAGAAAUUACUUCCUCUUUUAUCAUAUUCUGCGCCAUUUGCAAUUUACCAUCAUUGCCUUCAGCCACUUGCAGCGUGCAUGCACAGAUUGCAAGCUUCAAAAAUGGCCAUUAGCUUGCAAAUAUCUGAGCCAUGGCUUCGAGAAUACCAGGUUCUUCCAUCGCGCACUCAUCCACACAUGCAAAUGAGCGCAUUCGGAGGCUACAUUUUGAGCGGCAUCAGAAUCUGCAGCGAUGCUUGCAAUGGAAGCCAACAAAACUGAUCCAUCAAUCUUUUCAUUCAGAGUCCAAACUAGUCGAGCUCGAGUCAAUCUUAAUUUUAGCUUGGUUAGCUAAUUGAGUUCGAAUUCGAGCUCGAGCUUAAUUUUAGGAGUUUGGGUCGUUUGGUUUGUAACGAAAAAGAAUGAUUAUAAUUCAAACAAUUAUUAUAAUAAAUUAUUAAAUGAAUGAGAAAUGAGAAUUAGAUGAUAAAUAA